UUGGAAUAUUUUCAUAUACCGGAAAGAACGUGUUUAUGGGAUCUGUGUGCGUAGAUCUGAAAACUAGUUUUGCUUGAAUAUUUACUGUUUGUUCCACUUUGCAUAAUUUUGAAGUUUAGAAUUGAAAAAUAAGUGAAGAGAUGAGCUUCAUUCCUGUUUGCAGAUUCCUUAUAUCUGUUCUAAAUUGUUAAUACACGAUGCGUUCCUGUGCUUGUCUUUAAAUGCAUCAAAUACGGAACUAUGGUGUUAUUACUGCUAAAAAUAAAGGAAAUGUCAAUAAAUGUAUAUGAAGAGAUAUAUCAGCCAAAGAAAGGUUUGAUAACCCUUAGACAAAUCACUGACAGAUUAAUAAUGUAACUGCAGAAGAGGCGAUGUUAUUUUCUUGAUAUUGUCAAAGUGAGAUCUACAUGGCCGAAAGUCAAUUUUUAUAGUGAGCAGUUCUGUUGUUAACAAGAUAUUGAGUGGAAGUAAACCUUAAUAAACACCAUUUAUAUCACCCCGGUGGUCCCCUCUUUAUUGGGAAGGGUGUAAAAUUUGAAAAGAAGUAAAGUAGAUCAAAAUCAGACAAUAGAGAAAAUGAGUGAAAAUAUUAGGAAGUGGAGAGAUUGGGUCCGAUUCUUCCUUCUAGUUAACCUUCUAAGGAUAUCUCCAGCAGAGGAAGAUUUCUUAUUCCAGAAAAAGAAAUACAUCGUAGAAGAGGUUGAAGGAGUGUCAGGCCAAGCAGCAAGAAUUCCAUGCAAUAUGACAGUGUUAUCAGGAGAUACCGUGUACUUGGUUCUUUGGUUUAAGGAGGGAUUGACAACUCCUAUAUACAGUUAUGACGUCAGAGAGCUUUUGGGUGGACAGCCUAAGCACUGGUGGGAUGCCGAGCUUUUAGGAUCAAGGGCGUAUUUUAAUGCCGGAUCCUCCCCUUCGCAUCUACUCCUCCAAGGCCUGACUCAAGAGGAUGCAGGUCAAUAUAAGUGUAGGGUGGAUUUCCAGAGGGCACCGACGAGGAACACUCGCAUUAAUCUGACUGUCGUUGAGCCUCCAAGGCGCUUAGUUCUAAUGGAGGAUUCUGGAGUUGAGGUGAGGACAUACGUUGGUCCCAUCAACGAAGGUGCUGAUCUUCAUAUUAGGUGCGAGUCUCUUGGCGGUCAGCCUUCCCCAGAUGUAGUAUGGCUACUAAACGAUCAAAUAAUAGACGACGUAAUAGAAGAUGUGGACGGAGAAAUCACCCGAAACGAACUAACAAUUCGUGGAGUAACUAGGUCAAUGCUCAGGUCAGAAGUGACCUGCCAGGCUUCCAAUAACAAAGUUUCUCCUGCUCUCACUGCAACAGCUACUAUAGACAUGAACUUGAGGCCGCUGGACGUGUCUAUCCACCACCCUCGAGAGCCUCUGUCCAGCGGCCGUAUAUACGACAUUCCUUGCUCAUCCAGAGGUUCCCGGCCACCUGCUGUCCUUACUUGGUGGAGAGGAUCUACCAGACUUCCAGCUACCUCAGAUACAACAACUCAUGAUGGAAACGUAUCGACAUCCGUCGUUCGAUUGCAACCAAAUUCUUCUGAUGAUGGAGAGCUUCUGGCAUGCCGAGCCGAAAAUAGAAAUAUCCCAACGGCUGUUAUAGAAGACAGUUGGAUACUCAGCGUGUAUUAUGCACCAACGGCAAGGGCCGCUUUGGGAUCAUCUCUCAAUCCGAAUAAUAUUCGGGAAGGGGAUGACGUUUACUUCGAGUGCGAAGUUCAAGCCAACCCAAGGGCAUAUAAAGUGGUCUGGAAGCACAAUGGAGCGCUGGUAAGGCAAGAAAAAGAAAAUGGAAUUCUUCUGACGAACCGGAGCCUGGUAGUUCAGGAAGUGACACGAAAACAUGCAGGCCAAUACACCUGUCAAGCAAGCAAUGUAGAAGGGGAUGCCAUGUCUCCUCCAGUCACUUUGUCUGUUCAGUUCUCUCCGGUAUGUCGUCCUGGACAAGUUAGUGUUUACGGGGUAUCGAAGCUGGAAGAUGCCCAAGUCGCUUGUCAAGUAGAUGCAGUUCCUCAGGUGACGCGGUUUUACUGGACUUUUAAUAACACCGCGGAAACGCUGGAGGUUCCGGAGUCCAGGUUCACCGUUGGAUUAGGAGGGAGAAGUGUAGUUAUUUAUACGCCGAUGUCCGAUCUCGAUUACGGAACAUUACUGUGUACCGCAGAGAACAUGGUCGGAAGACAGACACAGCCAUGCGUCUUUCAUAUCAUACCAGCAACUCAGCCUGAGGCACCGACGAACUGCACAAUAGUGAAUGUAUCAGCCAGCAGCUUAACCGUUGUUUGUUCUCCUGGUUUUGAUGGCGGGCUCAACCAAACAUACGCUAUGGAAGUUUAUGGAAGUAACCCACACACUCUUAAGGCGAAUGUUUCUUCUAAAAUUCCGAGGUUUGUUGUCUCGGGCCUCGACAAUGACUCGGAAUUUCAGCUGAUUGUUUAUUCUGGAAAUGCAAAGGGGCGGAGCAGCAUCACGCGUCUCGUGGCUCUGACGCAGAAACUGCCUGUCAAGCAAUUGGAGACCAGACUUGGAAGUGGUAAAGGCGCUUCAAGUGUGAGUCAAGAUGAAGAGGGUAUUGAGGUCACCCCACUACUGGGCGUCCUGGCUGGCAUUGUGUUCGUCCUGGCUAUCAUCGCUGCUGUUGUAAUUGCAAUUCUGAAGGUCCAAAGUAACAACCUCGCACGGCGCCAGCGAUCACAGCAACAGCAACAACAGCAUGAAUCCAAAAAGAAAUCAAAGAAGCAAACAUCUAAGGAUAAUGAAAAACAACAACAGCAACAAAAGCAUCACACACAAAAGCACCCAUCCGCCGAGGCGACGCCAGCAUCCAGAGGGCUGGGAGAUGAAGGAAGAAAAUCAUCUGAUGACAAUCAUCCUCAACGAUACAACGAUGUUCAUCAUAUUCAUUUGCUUCGGCAGGAUGAUCAGAGCCCCGACGUAGUUGCUUGCAGUGGAGAUUGCGACGAGGUGAGUGUUAGUAUACGAUCUGGUGGUCUGCUGUCCGGAACAGCAGGCCACCAUUCGAAGUCACAACACCUGCAGCAGUGUCAUCAGCACUCCCCGUCCCUAAGUCAGCACUCUCCUCAGUGUCACCAGCAGAAACAGCACCUCCUCCAGCAGCAUUAUCAGCAGCCACAGUUGUUAUCUCAGCACAGUCAGGAUCCCCAUCACUACACGAUGUCCCUUCCUGAUCAUACCCAUCUUCAUAACCCGAGGCAUGCUCAUCUCCAUAGGCACGGCCAAUAUACUGCUACCCAAAGAUCUUGCAGUAAUGCUGACAUCGAAGUCCACUUCAGCGAAGGCAUGGCGGACUGCAGCAGCACGCCCCCAACCCCAGCCCCUGACGACGUGACUGUAGCCUUGAUGUAUAUGGGGGACAGCUCUGGUAAGCCCAUCGAGGGGAAUACUCCAGGAAUGAAUGCAGGAGGUCUGGCGAGGAUUCCAGAAGAUCCAGAAAGUCCUACAUCAGCGAGACGUGAAAGUGCAGUGUAAAGGGCUAGGAAGUUAAAUAAAAAUUGCUGGCGGUUAUUACAGUAAGUUGACCAAAUGAAGAAUUUAAGAAAAUCUUGAAACUACUUUAAAUAUCUGGAGUACGACUUUAGUGGGGAUAUGAAAGCCGUCAAGAGAAACGAGGAACUGAAUUCACCACUGCUCGAAUGUACCAUUUGCUUAAUGCACCACUCUUGCUCUGAAUGCACCCAUUAUAUAUUCAUUGAAUGCAUCAUGCUCCACCUCUGAAUACAUCGUUUCUUAGUUUGAAUGCACCAUCCUUUUCUGACCCGAAUACACUGCAUGUUAUACUAUAAUGUUGUUAAUGAUGAAUGGUACUAAUGAAUUCCAUAGAAUAUAGUGCUCAUAAAACAUAAUUUAUACGAUCGUUUGUUAGAAACACCUUCGUAAGAAUAAAUUCUGAUUAGUUUGGUUCACAAGUUCAGAGAAUUAUUGCCGUGAAUACGGGGCUAACUAGUUAUCUUAAAAAAGAUUCCUAUGGGCUUUCCAAAUGUGAAACGGGAUUUUAGGGAUUGGGGGCGGAUAAAAAUCAAGUGAAUUACUUCAACAGGAAAAAAUAUGCAAUCUAAAAAUUUAUGGUUCAUGUCUAUAAUGACUAUAAAUAAAAAAAAUUACUUCAAAGGCAAAGCUUUUGCAAAGCUUUCCACUUCCUAACUUAACUUUAACGUAUGGUACUGGGCCUUCCCUACCCUUACCAUGGAUACUGUAAUUCCUAGAGUAAAUCACUGAAACUUUGGGCACUGGAACUUUACCAGACCAGAUCUUCCCAUAUAUUGGAUCGAGACCUAACCAGGCACAGAGUGCAAUAAGUCAUAAAGUAAAGUACAGGGAUGCAUCAUAACCUUACCUUCUCUCGUCUAAUCUUACCUAACUUACAGCACAGGGUUCUUACCUGUAGGAUGGCGGGAGGGUAUAGAUGCCAGUAGAAGUGAAAGCCUGAGAUUCUUUUCACCAUUACUCUUGUUCUCUGGAUCCUACCUGCCUCACCUUAAUUUUACACAAAACCUGUCCCUCACUGAGGACUGCAAAGUGUAUAGAUAGAAAGAACACAUUUCCUUUUAUUCCAGUCCCAAUAAUUAAUCUCUAAAAUUAGGUUGUUAAUUUUAGUUGUUUCAAACCCUGAACAAACUUUGGGAUGCUAUUACUUUUUUUCUAAUUAUGAAUUUGGUCUGUUGUAUUCAUUCUUGCAUUCACAAUAGGCAGAUGGUGCAUUCGAACUGGUGCAUUUAGUCCAACACUUCUUCAAAAGAUUGUUGAGAUAACCGAACUCAAAUUUCUUAUCACUUUAUUCUACAGAAAAAGCAGGACCGAGAAGAGGACACAAAAGUGUGGUUUUUGGUCCUUUACACAGGGCACUGUUAAGGAAAUAAAAGAUGAUCAAGAUUUUGUGCAAAUUUAUGUUUGACAAAAAUUGUAAUGGUCUAGCCCAAAAAUGUUGCAUAAGAAAAGUUGUUUUGUCGUAGGAAAAGACGUGACCAUUGCGUUAAACAUAUGAAUGACUUAAUUUUAGUAUUGAGUAUGUGAUUCCUUUGAUAAAUGGGAUCAUUUUUUAUUCAUAUGAACAUAACAUAAAUGAAUAAAUGCCUUGUUUUAAGAGGUGAUAGAUAUAUAUGGAUUUUUGUCACACACUGACAUUUUUUAUAUUCACAUAUAUCGUUUAAGAUCCAGUUAUUAUACUUCGGGAAUAACUUACAAACAAGACAAUCAUAAUUGGUAAGUGAAUAUACGGUUGACCACUAAACCAUCAAUGGUCAAAAGUCAUUGUAAACAUCGUUGUUUUUAAGCCAAUCAGUGGUUCGAGUCCCACCCCGGCCGAAUUACUUAUCAAUUAUAAUUCACCUUGGGUGUAAGUUAUUUCCGUUGUAUAGUGAAUUGGAUAUUAAACUGUAUUUG